AUGAGACAGUUGAGCAACCACUUUCCAUUCCAUUCCAGCCCUACACAUCCCCCUUUCCCUUUCCCCCAUCCCCCUACCCAGCAUCCCCCUUUCCCUUUCCCCCAUCCCCCUACCCAGCAUCCCCCUUUCCCUUUCCCCCAUCCCCCUACCCAGCAUCCCCCUUUCCCUUUCCCCCAUCCCCCUACCCAGCAUCCCCCUUUCCCUUUCCCUCAUCCCCCUACCCAGCAUCCCCCUUUCCCUUUCCCCCAUCCCCCUACCCAGCAUCCCCCUUUCCCUUUCCCCCAUCCCCCUACCCAGCAUCCCCCUUUCCCUUUCCCCCAUCCCCCUACCCAGCAUCCCCCUUUCCCUUUCCCCCAUCCCCCUUCCCAGCAUCCCCCGUUCCCUUUCCCCCAUCCCCCUUCCCAGCAUCCCCCGUUCCCUUUCCCCCAUCCCCCUUCCCAGCAUCCCCCUUUCCCCCAUCCCCCUACCCAGCAUCCCCCUUUCCCUUUCCCCCAUCCCCCUACCCAGCAUCCCCCUUUCCCUUUCCCCCAUCCCCCUACCCAGCAUACCCCUUUCCCUUUCCCCCAUCCCCCUUCCCAGCAUCCCCCGUUCCCUUUCCCCCAUCCCCCUUCCCAGCAUCCCCCGUUCCCUUUCCCCCAUCCCCCUUCCCAGCAUCCCCCUUUCCCCCAUCCCCCUACCCAGCAUCCCCCUUUCCCUUUCCCCCAUCCCCCUACCCAGCAUCCCCCUUUCCCUUUCCCCCAUCCCCCUACCCAGCAUACCCCUUUCCCUUUCCCCCAUCCCCCUUCCCAGCAUCCCCCGUUCCCUUUCCCCCAUCCCCCUUCCCAGCAUCCCCCUUUCCCCCAUCCCCCUACCCAGCAUCCCCCUUUCCCUUUCCCCCAUCCCCCUACCCAGCAUCCCCCUUUCCCUUUCCCCCAUCCCCCUACCCAGCAUCCCCCUUUCCCUUUCCCCCAUCCCCCUUCCCAGCAUCCCCCGUUCCCUUUCCCCCAUCCCCCUUCCCAGCAUCCCCCGUUCCCUUUCCCCCAUCCCCCUUCCCAGCAUCCCCCUUUCCCUUUCCCUCAUCCCCCUUCCCAGCAUCCGCCCCAUCCCCCAUACCCCCUUCCCCCAUACCCCUCUUCCUUACCUCAUACCCCUCUUCCUUAUCCCAUAGCCCUUUCCCUUUUCCGCGUCCCCCUUUCCCUUCCCAUGAGCCCCUCUCCCAUCUUCCCAUGA